ACUCAUGUAAAGAUUUCUUUUUUCAGAGUCAAGAAGUCUUAUAACACACACUCUGUAAACCCACCAACAAGAAGAAGAAGAAAAAAAAACCAAACCUUGUUUCUCACUGUUGUAAUUCAAGAUUUGGGGAUCUCAAAUCGGAUUCUAAUUAGGGUUUGAGAGAAAUUUUUUCUAUAUUUUUUUUUUCAAUGGCGGAUAUAGUGAAACUGAUCUUAGCUAAGCCAAUUCAAUUAGCUGAUCAAGUAUCAAAACUAGCUGAAGAUCCACACUCAUUUAAACAAGAAUGUUCAGAAUUGAAAUCCAAGACUGAGAAAUUAGCAGCACUUCUUCGUCAAGCAGCAAGAGCGAGUUCUGAUUUAUACGAAAGGCCAACACGGAGGAUUAUUGAUGAUACUGAACAGGUUCUCGAUAAAGCUUUGGCUCUAGUUACUAAAUGUUGUGCUAGUAAGAAUUUAAUGAAGAGAGUUUUUACUAUUAUACCAGCUACUCAGUUUAAGAAAAUGUCUGGGAAUUUGGAGAAUUCGAUUGGUGAUGUUUCGUGGUUGUUAAGGGUUUCUGCUGCUUCAGCUGAUGGAAGAGAUGAUGAGUAUUUAGGGUUACCUCCUAUUGCGGCUAAUGAGCCUAUUCUUUGUUUAAUUUGGGAGCAAAUUGCUACUCUUGUUAAUGGAUCAAUUGAUGAUCGAUCUGAUGCGGCUGCUUCGCUUGUUUCGUUGGCUCGUGAUAAUGAUAGAUACGGGAAAUUGAUUAUUGAAGAAGGUGGAGUUGGUCCGUUAUUGAAAUUGGUGAAAGAAGGGAGAAUUGAAGGUCAAGAGAAUGCUGCUAGAGCUAUUGGUUUAUUAGGUCGGGAUCCUGAGAGUGUUGAACAUAUGAUUCAUGCUGGUGUUUGCACUGUUUUCGCCAAGAUUCUCAAAGAUGGUCCAAUGAAAGUUCAGUCCAUGGUUGCUUGGGCUGUUUCUGAAUUGACAAACAAUCAUCCUAAAUGUCAAGAUCAUUUCGCUCAGAACAAUAUCAUUCGGUUACUUGUGGGGCAUCUCGCGUUCGAAACGAUUCAAGAACAUAGUAAGUAUGCUAUUACUAGUAAUAAAGCUGCUAUGUCUAUUCAUUCUGUUGUUGUUGCUAGUAGUCAUGAUAAACAAAUAACUGGUUCCGCUAUUACCAACACCCCCACUGCCACCCCUAACAAUAAUGUGAAGGGAGUCAAUGGGGAUGAGAAACAGAUUUUGGGUCAGAUCCCUCAUCCCAUGGGGAAAAACAACCUCAAUAACAGUAUGCAUAAUGUAGUUAAGCACACAAUGUCUACGAUGCCUAGCAAAGUAGGACAGAGAUCACCAUCUAGUCCACUCCAACCCAUUGUUAAUUCUACUGGGCAUCAGCAGAAUCACUCCCUUGAUAGCAAAAGCAGUCAUCAUUUGUCAUCAGCUGCAAAAGGGAGGGAAUUGGAAGACCCAGCUACCAAGACUGCAAUGAAAGCUAUGGCAGCGAAAGCAUUGUGGCAUCUUGCUAAGGGGAAUUCUUCUAUUUGUAAGAGUAUCACCGAGUCUAGAGCGUUAUUAUGUUUUGCUGUAUUACUUGAAAAGGGUUCAGAUGAUGUUCAGUACAAUUCCGCUAUGGCAUUGAUGGAGAUUGCUUCUGUUGCUGAAGAAGACCCUGACUUGAGACGAUCUGCAUUCAAACCCAAUUCUCCAGCUGCUAAGGCCGUCGUGGAUCAAGUUUUGAAAGUUAUCGAGAAUGGUGAUACAGACCUUCUCAUCCCUUGCAUCAAAGCAAUGGGUCAUUUGGCCAGGACUUUCAAAGCAACCGAGACAAGGAUUAUUGGUCCGUUGGUGAAAUUGUUGGAUGAGAAGGAAAGUGAAAUUACAAGAGAAGCAGCAAUUGCUCUCACCAAAUUUGCUUGUUCGGGUAACUAUCUCCACCUUGAUCAUGCAAAAGCUAUCAUUACUGCAGGUGGAGUUAAGCAUCUAAUCCAACUUGUGUACUUCUCCGAACAGAAAGUUCAGAUUUCGUCUUUGGUAUUGUUAUGUUAUGUUGCUUAUCAUGUACCAGAUAGUGAGGAAUUAGCUCAGGCAGAAGUACUUACAGUUCUUGAAUGGGCAUCAAAACAAGCAUAUAUGAUUCAACAUCCGACACUAGACACACUUUUGCCUGAGACUAAAAGUAGAUUAGAGCUUUAUCAGUCUAGAGGAGGUAGGGGUUUCUAUUAGAAUUCGAUGUCAAGUAAAUUAUUUUGUAUUUCGUUUAUUGUUCCAUUGAGUGUAUAUAUAUUUCUGCCGUUGUUGUUUAUUUAAGGGAAGACAUUAGAAAUCCAUGAACAAUCAUAUUUUGUUCUCUUUCAAUUGAUUUGCCAUGGGUUUCUUUGUUAUCUCAUUUUAUAUUGGUUCUUCAUUUAUUCCUGUAAAAACAAUGUUAUUGAAAGAAGGCAUAAAAACUCAGGAUGGUCGUUGCAUUAAAUUUCUUGAUAA